GCUCAGCUUGACUCAGCCUGCGGUCACGCCCACGUGUAAACUCUGGAAUCUACCUUCGUUCCACGGCUGAUGUCCUCCUCGACCACUAUAUAUCUGGGGUGGCUCGUAGGUUCUCAGUUUCAAGUUUCCACACCCCUCCAUUAGAGAUAGAGAGCGGAACACCGAACUACAGAUCUGUGGUUCUGAUUAAAGGAGAAGCAAAAUGAGCGGCGAGGAUUUGCAGCUGCCCCCCGGGUUCCGAUUCCAUCCGACGGACGACGAGCUCGUGAUGCACUACCUCUGCCGGAAGUGCGCCGGGCUGCCUAUUUCCGUCCCUAUCAUCGCCGAGAUCGAUCUCUACAAGUUCGAUCCAUGGCAACUCCCAGGAGUGGCGUUGUAUGGGGAGAAGGAGUGGUACUUCUUUUCGCCGAGGGACCGGAAGUACCCGAACGGGUCGAGGCCGAACCGCGCGGCUGGAUCGGGGUACUGGAAGGCGACCGGGGCGGAUAAGCCGAUCGGUUCGCCCAAGCCGGUGGCUAUCAAGAAGGCGCUAGUGUUCUACGCCGGGAAGGCGCCCAAGGGGGAGAAGACCAACUGGAUCAUGCACGAGUACCGGCUCGCCGGCGUCGACCGGUCCGCCCGCAAGAAGAACAGCCUACGUUUGGAUGACUGGGUGCUGUGUCGGAUAUACAACAAGAAAGGGGUGGUCGAGAAGCAAACCAGCCCGUACCGGAACUCGGCCGGUUCGAGAAACAUCGUGCCGGAGCCCUGCUCGCCCGAGCAAAAGCCGGAGAUCAUCUCCCACGUGCCGCCUCCUGUUUCGUCGCACGUGCCGCCGGCGCCGCCGUUGACGGACCUGUUCUACUUCGACGCGUCGGAGUCGCUGCCGAGAUUGCACGCGGACUCGAGCUGCUCGGAGCACGUGCUGUCGCCGGAGUUCACGUGCGAGCGGGAGGUCCAGAGCCGGCCAAGCUGGAGAGACUGGGAGAGAGCCCUCGGAUUUGACACCACUAGUGAGGUAGCCACCGGGACUUUCCCGCCACUCUCGCCUCCCGAAGGCUUCCGGGACCCGCUGCAGGACGUGUUCAUGUACCUCCAAAAGCCCUUCUAGGAGGUUCCGCACGUGCCAAGGAGCAUGCUUAUUAAACAGGUCUACAAAAGCGAUGUUCGCUAACGUGUGCGUCGGGAGUUUGACGACCGUCUGAUUCGGGCUACUUAGGCGAGCGACCAUAGAGAUGGUUGGUGGGCCCUAGAAUGGGCCCCAGAGGUUUUGUGGGCCGCUUGAAGAAGAUGGAGUAACUUGAUCGAGUGGCGAUGAGAACCGUGCGGCCACGAGUUGGGCGUCCUAGGCUAAAUUUUGUAUGGAGGUUCUAGUGAUUUAAGUGGUAUUUGGAACGAGUCGUAUGGGUUUUAGAAAUAUAGUUGAUGUAAUGCAACCAGCCACAUGAUUUGGCUUGAAAUGUCAUAAAUUAUAUUAAGUAUGUGCAAGGCCAUUGUUACGUGUCAUAAGUUUUUAUAUGAUUGUUAGCUAGGUCAUGGGCAUGACCUAGAGAAAUUUUUUCUUA